UGGUGAAGAACGAUGUUGUCCUGUGGUUGAAAUAACGAUAGUGAUAUGAAAUAAAGAUGUACCGAGUUUCACUUCCUAAAGCUAUUUUAUCAUAUCCCUCAAGGCCCUGCUUCUAGCAGGAGCAAUUAAGCAAAGAUCCCGCUGAAAUCAGGAGGAGGCCCCGCUGAAAACAUGAGGAGGUCCCGCUGAAAACAGGAGCAAGUGUCUCUCAAAAAUGGAGUGAAUCCCGAUUAUACCCUGAAAAUCUCCCACUUUCGUACCCACCUUGAUCCACUAUUGUACCCAGUUUGAUGAAUACAUUAUUUGUUAAUACAAUUCUCAAUAACAGCAAACACAACUGUUAAUAUAGUUCAUAUUAUGAUACGUUGUUAUGGAAAACUGCAGUAUCAUAUUUCCAUGCCAUUUUACAGAAUACGAAAGAUCAUCUGAGAAAUGUGAUGAGUAUUAGAUCGGACGAAAUGUUAAACAUUUAACCUCAUUUUCAUAAUUUGAAGUAAUAUAAGUUAUUGAAUGAUUUGAAGUGCAGUAUAGGAUAUAUUGUGCUCAAAAAAUUCUGCAUUGGCACGAGAUGAAAUCAAGUGGAAAUACAGCAUAUCGAGAGCACAAUAUAUCCUAUGUUGCGCUUCAAAUCGUUGUAUAACGUUUUUUAUCGUGUGAUCUUACUUAGUCCAUAAGAAAUAUUCUGUAUUCUCUGUAUUUCAACUGUCCCCUCUGUUCCAUCUUUGAGUACAAGUCGAUAUUCAGUAAGAUACACGAAUAAGUGUGCGUUUAGGUCAACCUAAAAUGAUUUAGUCAGAAUAAUGUUUAUGAAUAUUAUUCCUAUAUCAAUCUCCUGUUGCUUACUUGCUUGCUCGCUUCCUCCCUUCCUUGCUUCUUUCCUUCCUCGAUUCCUACCUUCCUUUCUUCCUCGCCUCUUCUUUUCUUGCUUCCUUCCUUCCUCGCUUCCUUCCGUCCUUGCAUCUUUCCUUCCUCGCUUCCUUCCUACCUUGCUUCCUCGCUUCCUUCCGUCCUUGCAUCUUUCCUUCCUCGCUUCCUUCCUUCCUCGCUUCCUUCCUUCCUCGCUUCCUUCCUUCCUCGCUUCCUUCCUUGCUUUUUUCCUUCCUCGCUCCUUUCUUUCCUCCUUCUUUGUUUCCUCGCUUUCUUCAUUUUCUUCCUCACUUCCUUUCCUCCUUCCUUCCUUGCUUCAUUCCUUACUUCCAUGCUUCCUCGCUUCCUUCCUUGCUUCCUCGCUUCCUUCUUUCCUUCCUUCCUCGCUUCCUUCCUUCCUCACUUCCCUCCUUCAUUCCUUGCUUCCUUCCUUUCCCGCUUCCUUUUUCCUCCUUCCUUGCAUCCUCGAUUCCUUCAAUUUUUCCUCGCGUCCUUCCUUUUUCGCUUCAUUCCUUCCUUGCUUCCUCGCUUCCUCCCUCGUUUCCUUCUCUCCUCCUUCCUUGCUUCCUCGCUUUCUUCUUUCCUUGCUUCCUCGAUUCCUUUCUUCCUCACUUGCAUCCUCCCUUCCUUGCUUCCUCCCUUCCUUCUUUCCUCCUUCCUUGCUUCCUCGAUUCCUUCAUUUUUUCCUCGCGUCCUUCCUUUUUCGCUUCAUUCCUUCCUUGCUUCCUCGCUUCCUCCCUCGCUUCCUUCUCUCCUCCUUCCUUGCUUCCUCGCUUUCUUCUUUCCUUGCUUCCUCGAUUCCUUUCUUCCUCACUUGCAUCCUCCCUUCCUUGCUUCCUCCCUUCCUUCUUUCCUCCUUCCUUGCUUCUUCAUUUCGUUCAUUCUUUCCUCGCGUUGUUCUUUUGUCGCUUCAUUCCCUCCUUCCCUCCUUGCUUCCUUGCUUUCUCGCCUUCUUCCUUCUUUCCUUACUUACUUACUUCCUUGCUUUUUUUCCUUCCUUCCUUUCUCGAUUCUUUGCUUGCUUCCUUCCUUCCUUGCUUCCUCGUUUCCUUCCUUCCUCGCUUCCUUACUUGAUAGCUUCCCUGCUCAAUUCUUUACUCGCAUCGUUCCUUCCUUGCUCCCUCGAUUUCCUUGCUUCCUUCCUUCCUUCAUUGCUUCUUUCCUUCCCUCCUUCCUUCCUUUUUUCCUUCCUUGCUUACUUAUAUUACUCCCACCUUCACUUCCUCGAUUUACUUCCUCCAUUCCUUCUUUACUUGCUUGCUUACUCAAUUACUUACUUUGUUGCUUGUUUACUUCCUCGCGUCCUUGCUUGCUUUCUUGAUUAUUUACAUUCUUUCAUAUGGCAGUGGAAAGACAAAUUUUGAUGAAAACCUGCAAACGAACAAACGAACGAGGAAAGAACGCACGGAUGGACAGAAAACAGCCGAAAAAACAAUGAAUGAACAAACGGACGGAUAGGCGGCCAAAAGAACGCA